AUGCCUUCUUUCUGGCCGCCAAAUCGCUCACUGCUUUCCUCUUUUCCAUCGCCAAACACUUUUUAUGCCCUCGAAGUUUGUUCGGCACGAAUACGGGCGAUUAUUUUGAAAGAGAGAGAUCAACCUCAAAAUUGUCUAUUGGAAGCAGGACCACUCUUAAAAUCUCUCCAUCUCUUUCUAUCUAUCUAUCUAUCUAUCUAUCUAUCUAUCUAUCUAUCUGUAUAUCUAUCUAUCUAUCUAUCAUCAUAUCUAUCUAUCUAUCUAUCUAUUUAUCUAAUUUCAUCUCUUCAUAUAUAUCUAUCUAUCUAUCUAAUUUCAGUCUCUUCAUAUCUAUCUAUAUAUAUAAUUUCAGUCUCUUCAUAUCUAUCUAUCUAUCUAAUUUCAGUCUCUUCAUAUAUAUCUAUCUAUCUAAUUUCAUCUCUUCAUAUCUAUCUAUCUAGCUAUCUAAUUUCAGUCUCUUCAUAUCUAUCUAUCUAUCUAUCUAUCUAUCUAAUUUCAUCGCUUCAUAUCUAUCUAUCUAUCUAUCUAUCUAAUUUCAUUCUCUUCAUAUCUAUCUAUCUAAUUUCAGUCUCUUCAUAUAUAUCUAUCUAUCUAAUUUCAUCUCUUCAUAUAUAUCUAUCUAUCUAUCUAAUUUCAGUCUCUUCAUAUCUAUCUAUAUAUAUAAUUUCAGUCUCUUCAUAUCUAUCAAUCUAUCUAUCUAAUUGCAGUCUCUUCAUAUAUAUCUAUCUAUCUAAUUUCAUCUCUUCAUAUAUAUCUAUCUAUGUAUCUAAUUUCAGUCGCUUCAUAUCUAUCUAUCUAUCUAUCUAUCUAUCUAUCUAUCUAUCUAUCUAUCUAUCUUUCAUUCUCUUCAUAUCUAUCUAUCUAAUUUCAGUCUCUUCACAUAUAUCUAUCUAUCUAAUUUCAUCUCUUCAUAUCUAUCUAUCUAUCUAUCUAUCUAUCUUUCUAAUUUCAGUCUCUUCAUAUCUAUCUAUAUAUAUAAUUUCAGUCUCUUCAUAUCUAUCUAUCUAUCUAUCUAAUUUCAGUCUCUUCAUAUAUAUCUAUCUAUCUAAUUUCAUCCCUUCAUAUCUAUCUAUCUAUCUAUCUAUCUUUCAUUCUCUUCAUAUCUAUCUAUCUAAUUUCAGUCUCUUCACAUAUAUCUAUCUAUCUAAUUUCAUCUCUUCAUAUCUAUCUAUCUAUCUAUCUAUCUAUCUAUCUAAUUUCAUCUCUUCAUAUCUAUCUAUCUAUCUAUCUAAUUUCAGUCUCUUCAUAUAUAUCUAUCUAUCUAAUUUCAUCUCUUCAUAUAUAUCUAUCUAUCUAUCUAAUUUCAGUCGCUUCAUAUCUAUCUAUCUAUCUAUCUAUCUAUCUUUCAUUCUCUUCAUAUCUAUCUAUCUAAUUUCAUCUCUUCAUAUAUAUCUAUCUAUAUAUCUAUCUAAUAUCAGUCUCUUCAUAUAUAUCUAUCUAAUUUCAGUCUCUUCAUAUAUAUCUAUCUAUCUAAUUUCAGUCUCUUCAUAUAUAUCUAUCUAUCUAAUUUCAGUCUCUUCAUAUCGAUCUAUCCAUCUAAUUCCAGUCUCUUCAUAUCUAUCUAUCUAUCUAUCUAUCUAUCUACCUAUCUAUCUAUCUAUCUAUCUAUCUAUCUAUCUAUCUAUCUAUCUAUCUAAACGGAACAAUAAUGACGCAUUAAAAAAAAAAAAGACCGCCAUAACGAUGCGGGUUUCCAAGUCGCGAUUUGUGAUACCGUCUCUUAUUCAUUCUUUUCUCUCUACCUCUGGACAUAUGUGCUCUUGGAUUCAUUUGUGCGCAUGCGUGCCUGCUCGUGUCUGCCCAAAUGAACGUUAG